AGUGAAGAUAGUGGCGCUGCUGUGCCGACCAGUAGUGACAAGAUGGCGACGCCCAGUGAACUGUCUAUCGAAGAGAUUCGCGAAUAUUUAUUGGAAAAUGGGGGCACUGCUCGUAAUCACGAUCUAGUGAAGCACUUCAAGAAGUUCCUAACGGAUCCGGAAACACGAGUCGAGGCACGAAAUCGGUUCAAGGAGUAUGUAAACACCCUGGCUACUAUAAAGAACGAAGAGGGUGAAAGAUAUUUGGUUCUGAAGAAGAAAUAUCGUCUAAAUUCUCUGCAACUGACGCCUCCGGAUCAAAUCGGAUCACCUAUUUCCACUGCCGACGUAUCUAGCCCGGUUUCUCCGUUACGAGCCCCGCCACCCUAUCGGCCUCCACCUCCCGCACCCCUCAGUCCGCCGGCGAAUAAUACGAACGCACAUCGCGAGGAAUCGUGUUCGAAUUUCUCCCGCGAAGAAGUCGCUAUCAGUGCACAGAAAAAUGGUGUUGAUCAAGUCGAGACCGGAUUUUCAACAUCGUCACCUCCCGUACCGCCACGCCGUAAAAGUCAAGAUAAGAUCAAGAUGGAGAAUAAGGAGAACGUGGACAAGAAUAAGGGAGGAUCAGAGGCUGUUAUCAAGGAAGAUGAGGCCGUCGCGACGAAUCCGGGCUCAACCGAGCAAUUAAGCUUCCGCGAGCGGAUGCAACGUUUCAACCGGAUGGCUAGCGAAACCGAUCUCCAAGGCAGGCCUAACGGCACUAUCACACCUACUAAAAAGCGAUCUGACAAGGGCGCCGACGAAGAUGACAGCGCUUCCGUUGCCUCGCAACUGGACGGGAAGUCACGGGAGUGGUUGGUCAGAGCGGCGCAAGGGGAUUAUCAGGCAUUGGCGAAAUUGGCCACGGAAGAACCUCGCCUCACCCGACUCAAGGAUCCAACGUCCGUAAGUAUGGGUUGUUAUUACGUAUCACGAAAUGUUGCAAAGUAGCAACCGGACGAACGAACGAAGCCGCUGCUCACCGGCAGUUAGCACGAACGAACGGGUUUCUUUCCCGUCGCGACGACCGACCGUGAUCGAUUCGGCCAGAGACCCUGAAAAAAGUCUCGCGCGUAUCGCGUUUCGCUUAUUGCGACCCGCACCGCGAACUGUUCGUUCGAUCGGUCUGGGUGGCGGGCAAAAAGUAGAACGAACCGGCAGCUUCGAAAAUUCGGUGUUUCACGGUUACCGACACGCCGCGCCGACGACUCUCUUUCUUGCCUCCGCUUCCACAGAAAAGAACGAUGAAUUUCUAAUCAACACUUUGUCGUCCGGUAAGAGUUACGCUUGCCUGACGUUGCAUUCCUUGACACGAACUUCUACGCUUGCAAGUGCUUUUUCCCAGAUUUUUUGAUCUAGAGAGACGCUUGAUUGAGUUCUCUACUCGGUCCACUCAGUCAGAAGUUUCUUGUAGAAAUACGACGAGAUACCGUAACGGCGAAUAACAAUAGCAACGCGUUUUCACACUUACUUUUUAACAAUAUUUUCUAACGUACGUUAUCGAUGGUGAAUUUUUCUUCAAAUUAUAAUCGCAGUACGACUAUAAUCUAAAAUAAGAUCCAUACGUAGUUGGAAGCUUGAUCCUCCAAAACGGAAUUUCUUUAAUUUUUACUUUGUUUCAUAUCCGUCUUACCGACAAUCUCUACAACUUCGUGCACGAUGGAACUGACUACCA